UGAAGUGCCUGUGCUGAAACCAUGACCAGAUGGGCUAGAGUGACUACCUCAAAUAGUAAGAGACCCUUGUCUGCGACAUCAUGGGAGGACAUGAAGAAAGGAUCUGCAGAGAGCUCAGACCAAAGUCUUCCAAAGCAUAAACAACGUCAGUUUGGUAGGCUACCCCUUAAAAAUGAUACCCCUCAAGCAAAACAUAAAAAGAACAAAAAGAAAAGAGUACUUAAAUGAGGAUGUGAAUGGAUUCAUGGAAUACCUAAAACAGAAUUCGCAGAGGCUUCACAAUGGAGAGUUGAUAGCAACAGACAGCCAGGAAGUCCGGAAAGAAGUCGCAGUGGCCUUAAAGAAAGACAACCAAUGGGAAGAAAGACGGUUAAAAAGACAAGCAGCAAAGAAGAAUGCAAUGGUAUGUUUCCAUUGUAGAAGACCUGGGCAUGGAGUUGCCGAUUGCCCGGCUGCACUGGAAAGUCAGGACAUGGGCACUGGCAUUUGUUACCGCUGCGGGUCCACAGAGCACGAGAUCACAAAGUGCAGAGCUAGCAUAGACCCUGCUCUUGGUGAAUUUCCUUUUGCAAAAUGUUUUGUCUGUGGAGAACUCGGGCAUCUGUCCAGGUCCUGCCCUGAAAAUCCCAAAGGAGUCUAUGCUGACGGUGGCGGCUGUACACUCUGCGGCUCUGUGGGACAUUUUAAGAAAGAUUGCCCUGAAAAUCAGAAUUCAGAUCGGAUGGUCACAGUUGGUCGCUGGACACAGGGAAUGAGUGCAGACUAUGAAGAAGUUCUGGAUCUGCCCAAAGCGCAGAAACCGAAAACUAAGUAGCCAAAGUUGUUCAUUUUUAAUAAGAGUUGAUUAUGUUGUU